UAUUAUGUACCUAUAAAACACCUCACGCUGUUCUCUCCAAUAUAUCGUCGUGAAGCUCCCUACGAAACCCGUCGAUCGAUCGAUUGAUCCAAACCCUAGUUAGAAGAGAAAGGUGCUUCGAAACCCUAGAGCGUACCUCUUCAAUGGCGCUCGGAUCCGCGAGGAGCAUCGAGGAGCUCCACCCGGACGUGGUGGCGCUCGCGCUCCGGCGACUCGACGGGGCGGCGCUCGCGGCGGCGAGCUGCGCCUCGGCGCGGCUCCGCGAGCUAGCCUCCGACCCCGCGCUGUGGCGCGACCUCUGCCUCGCCACGUGGCCCUCCCUCCGCCACCCCGGCCUCCUCUCCGCCGCCGCCGCCGCCUCGCCCCGCCGCCUCUUCUCCGACGCGUCCCCGUUCCCCGUCCCCAAACCCUCGUCGCCGCCGCUCCUCCUCGGACCCGCCCCCCCUCCCCCCCGCGAGCUCAUCUCCGCCGUCGAUCUCUACCGCGGGGGCGCCCCGCUCCUCUCCCGCGUCGUCGCCACCGACGCCUCCUCCCCCUGGUUCCUCGGCUCCCCCUUCCGCAUCGACGCCCUCGACCGCAAGUCCCCGCCGCCGCCUCCGGCGGCGGCGGCGGCGUGCCCGGCGGCGGAGCUGGAGCUGAGCUGGAUCCUGAUCGACCCGGCGCGGGGGCGCGCGGUGAACCUCUCGAGCCGCCGCCCCGUCGCCGUGGGCCGCCACUGGUACACGGGCGAAACCCUAAUCCGGUACGCGACCGUGGCGGGGGAGUUCCUCAUAGAGGCGACGGUCACGCUCGGGGAGGAGACGGGGCACGUGCGCGAGGUGAGCCUCCGCGUGGGGGACGCGGACGGGGCCGCGGUGUGCGGCGGGGACAGUUUGGUGAUUCUGAGGGGUUUAAUGGAGGGGGAGAGGAGGAGGAGGAGGAGCGGAGGAGGAGAAGAGGAGGAGGAGGCGAAGCGGCGAUACGACGAGUUCGUGAAGCGGAAGCGGAAUCGAAAAGCCGCGGAGGCGCGAAAAGAGCUUCUCCUCGACUUUUGCUGCAGCGCGGUUGGGGCCGCGGUUUUUUUGGCCAUCGUGUUAACCGCGCUUCUCAGGUGAAUCGGACCGGACCGGGCCGGUCCGAGUGGGGUAUAAUUUGGAGAUUAGUUAUACUUAGUCUUAGUUUGGUAUUGAGAUUUAUCUAACGUUAUUAGAUAAAAUAAAAUUCAGGAAAAAGUAUA